AGUCUGGCGUAGAUCAUGUCCACCUGGUGCUCUGCAGCUUCCACAUCAACAUUUUCACUCCCUCCUCCCUCCAGACUCACGGCGCUGUACGGGAUCGAGGAGGUCCUGGCACUGAAGGAGGGUGAGACCCUGCUGGUGAACGCUGCGGCUGGAGCUGUAGGCUCUGUGGUGGGCCAGAUCGCUAAGAUCAAGGGCUGUAAGGUGGUGGGCUCAGCAGGCUCUGAUGAGAAGGUAGCCUUCCUUAAGGAGCUGGGCUUCGACGAGGCCUUCAACUACAAGACGGUUGGUUCCCUGGAGGAGACGCUGAAGAGGGCCUCUCCAGACGGUUAUGACUGCUACUUUGACAACGUGGGAGGACAGUUCUCAGACGUAGCCCUGCAGCAGAUGAAGCAUUUUGGAAGAAUAGCUGUGUGUGGAAGUAUCUCUGUGUACAACGACACCACUCCACAGACAGGGCCGUACCAACAGUUGACUAUUAUCAUGAAGGAGCUGAAGAUGGAAGGCUUCAUGCAGUCCCGCUGGGGAAACAAACACCCUGAGUCACUUAGGAGACUGAUGGGAUGGGUGAAGGAGGGCAAACUGCUCAGUCGUGAACACAUCACCAGGGGCAUUGAGAACAUGCCGGCUGCUUUCAUGGGAAUGUUUCGAGGAGAGAACAUCGGCAAAGCCAUCGUGGCUGUGUGAUGAUGAAACCUGGAUAAAGCGGUUCCCGGAACAUGAAGGAAAACCAACAGAAUAUUUUCAUAGCAGCAUGUUUAAGAAUUUGUAUUACUCGUUUGUAGCCUCAUAAAAAUGAACACAUUUUGCAUA